AUGGAACGGACGUACGAGAAUGCUCUUCACGUGCUGGCUUCUAGACGGAGAGGAGGUCGGCCACCAAAUACGUCUUCUGAAUCAGACCCGAGUGGCACAGUGGGUCUGAGAGGAACACCAAGUUUGAUCGGAAUGAGAGAAUGGCUUGACAUGCUAGGCCAUAGCGCAGACGAUCUUCGUGCACUCAACAUAAUCCACAUUGCUGGAACAAAAGGCAAAGGCAGCACUUGUGCUUUCACAGAGUCAAUACUGCGGUCACACGGCGAGCGUACAGGCAAACCUAGCAAGACCGGUCUGUAUAGUUCACCUCAUCUUAUUCUCCCGGAAGAACGGAUACGGAUCAACUCCAAACCUCUGGAGCGCCAUCUCCUGGCUAAGUAUUUCUUCGAGGUGUAUGACCUCUUACCACAGCUUGCAAGUCCAUACGAUCCAAGCAAGGAGGUCGUUGAGAGAGGUCCGCGUUACCUACAACUCUGGGCUCUUCUAGGUCUGCACGUGUUCAUUAGGGAGAGAGUGGACUGUACCAUCUUUGAGACGCACCAUGGAGGUGAAUACGAUGCCACGAAUGUUGCUCCUCGACCUGUGGUGACCGCCAUCACUACUUUAGGAAUGGAUCACAUUGAUGUCUUGGGUCCAACAAUCAGGAACAUUGCGUGGCACAAGUCCGGCAUUUACAAGCCUGGAUCUGUCGCGCUUUCCACAAUACAGUCAGAAGAACCCGCGGAAGUGCUAACAGAACGAGCGCAAGCGCAGGGAGAGACGGUACGAUUCGUUGAUCUGGAUCCAAGGCUGCCCAAGAAUGCGCCUCAGAUCCAACCAUCUGUUCAGAAGAAGAACUCUUCGCUUGCAAUCGCCAUAGCAGAGGCAUCUCUGGAGAAAACAGUGAAUGCCAGUUCUCCAUCACAUCUAACUUCAGAAGACAUCGAGCAUGGUAUUUCAAGAUUUUCCUGGCCUGGAAGAUUCCACAUUGUGUCCGGUGGCAGCCACACAUGGUUCCUGGACGCCGCACAUAACGAGAUGAGCGUAGCUAUCGCUGCAGAUUGGUUUACGGAGGUCGGGUCUGAGAUGGCAAAACAAUCUACUGAUAUCUCGCGGACGUUGAUAUUCAGCCACAUCAAUGAGACGCGAGAUGCUGUCGGGUUGCUCAAAUCACUCGCCCAAUCUCUCAAGGACUCUGGCGUGCAGGUGAGCGAUGUUAUCUUCAGCACGUACGACGAGAUCGAAACAACUGGAUCAGGUUCUCCUCCGAAGAGUCCAGACUCCUUCUGUCGAGUAUGGGAGCAGUACUUUCCAGAUAGUUCGAUGCGGAAUGAACCGACCAUUCUUGGAGCCAUGACACUUGCAGCGAGAUUGGGGCGAGAACGAGGCACACAGCAUACACUCGUGACUGGUAGCCAGCAUUUAGUUGGGCCGGCUUUGCAGGUUUUGAAGCGUUGGGGGUUGGAAGUGUGA